UUGAUACUUUAUUCAUUUAAAAUAUAUUACAACUGAACGUAUUUUUCUAGACAUAAGAAAUCAGAAUCAAUACGUUACAUUUUGCACUCGAAAGACCGGCCUCUUGAAGAAAGUCAUCUCUUAACCGUUAACAGCUACAGUGCUCAGCUAACGUCCAUCAGCUAGUGUAAAAAAUGGGCGAUGAGUAUUCACUUAAUAGCAUUGACAGCCUCCUUUUUCAGUUUGCUCUUCAAACACGGGAGCUUUCUCAAAAGAAGAAUGAAAUUAACCAACAAAUUAAAGUUUGCAGAGACUACAUUACUGAGAAGAAAUCUUUCAUUAAAACUUUAAACAUGAAUAUCAAGAAACUUGAAGAAGAAAUUAGUGUGAAGGAGAGCAUUGUAACGCUGAAUAAAUCCAAUGCAAAAAGCAUGAAAGCAACCAACAGCUUGCUUCUUCAGUAUGAGCAGACACUAAAAACAGAAAUGGAUAGUAGAAAAGCCAGCUACAACCAGGAUCUGGAGCUCUGUGAAGAAAGGAUUUCCAGUUGCAGAAACACAUUCCAGUCGCACAAAGAGUACUAUUACCAAAACCCUCUUGCUCAGAAGCUCCUGUUGCUGCAGGCUGAAAAAGAGGAGAUUGAGUGUAGAAUCAAGGCCUGUGAUGAUCACAUAACACUGAAGCAAAAGGAGCUGGACCUUCUCACUGGUCCAGCAGUGAAUUCUUUUUCUACUGAGCAGCUACCAGACAGUGUCUUUGGUCAGCAGCCCAUAAUAGAAGAAGGGACUCCAGCAGCGUGUCAGACAGAGGAGGACAGUGGUUCUUUUAUUGAUAUAUCAUCCAUUCAUCUCAACCAGACAGCUAAUGGACAUGAAACAACUAUAGAUGCAAAUACUGAAGAGAUUUGUGAGGAAAACAAAGUCCAAGAUUCACCCACCUGUUCCCCAGAGAAACCACGUGAAGAGCUGUGGUCUUUUCAGCAAUAUGAUGGCCAAAGUCAACCAAAUGAAAUACAUACUGAGGCACAGGACCAGGAAACUUCAGAAGAGGACCAGGAGGAGCACCCCAUUGUAUCAUAUGUAGAGGAUGUUUUGGAGACUCCAGUGCAGGAAAAAGAAGCCAUAGAUGAAGAGCAGACAAGUGAAGAUGACUAUACUCAGAGAGUCACGUUUUUUUCUCAGACAUCAUCUCAACAGGCUAAUCCCCAAUCUCUCCCAGAAAAAGCUACCACUGUGCCUUCAACCCCAACGUUUGCAUUUAACCCUGGCAGCUCCCCACAGCGAGAUGCUAAAUCUCCAGCUUUCCUGUUCUCUCUGAACUCCAAUCCGAGCACACCAGGCUUCUCUGGAUUUGGGUUUGAUGAGGGCUCUUCGCAGGAUGAGGACCCAUCUUUUACUUUCACUGGCUCUUUUUUCAGUGAGAAGAAAGCUGCAGGGAAACAGCCUUCAAGCUACUCUGAAAUCCUGUUUGAUCAGCCACAGCAAAGCGAAGACUUCCAGUUUGCCUUCACUGCCAAGAGCCCUCAAUCAGCCAACAAAGAAAACUCCAAAGAUGAGUUUCCAUUUUCAAUCAACUUCUAAGAGCUCCACGACAAACAUGAAAUACACCUUUGUUUUGUUUGCAUAAGUUCUUCAGUUAAUUUUCUGUUAUCUAGUAGACAGUGACAAGGGUUAAAUGAUAAAAUGACUAAAC